AUGAGCUGCGAUGCUUACACCCGCUACCAGAAAGGCAGGUAUACGGAGGUUGAGAGAGACGAGGACGCCACCGAAGAAGUAGAAGUAGAGAGACUGUUUCUCACGGCAUUCGAGCAUAAGGACGGACCUAUCGAGUCUGCUGCAACGCUGCCAACUUGUCCAAAAACAUGUAAGUCUUGCCUUGAACAUUACCGCCCUUUGCAGUGGCAGGAGACAUGGGCGUGGUUGGAGUACAACUUCACGUAUGAGGAUGAGAAAACUGAAGAGAUUGUGCGUGAACAUGUCGACAAAGCGCGUGCCUCGCUUGCAAAUGUUCGUGACAAGCUCGAGCGAUUCGGCAAUGCCAUCGCGAAGCGGUGGAUGAAGAAGAACAUGUCGAAACGAGCAUCACUGCUGCGUACGGCUUCACCCUCUCUACACAACAAGCGCUGGGCUGCUGCAGAUCUUGUGUACAGGUCGCAGAAGCUGAAUCAGGAGGACUGGCAGCGUUAUCAUGAAGCCUGGCUCCUACCAUAUCUAGACGUGGACACUCUGGCCAAAGACCCAGCCAACCUACUAGCGCUACUCCACUUUCGCACGCACCACACACUUCAAAACUGGUUUCGGUUUGACUAUGAGCAGAUCCGUAUACCCUUUCUGGAAGGAACAAUCGGACUGGCGUACAAUCCUCACUGCGUUGUGGUGCAUGGUAACAGAUACGGCGACUUAGUACAGUGGGAGCGAAAGGCUGCUCAUCGGGGCGAUAUGGUUGGUUUACCGCGUGCUGAAGUUACGCUCGAAGCUCAGGAGGCUCUUGCUGCUUUUCUCGAGGCAGUCGUGAAUCUUCCGCUCGAACAGGAUGCUCCGGAGGGUGGUGAGAAGUGGACCGCGUUGGUAGAGACUGAUUUCAAUCGGCCACAAUCCGACUGUCUGCUGGCAUCGUUUGCUAGCACUGCAUUCGGGCCACCGCCCGUCUGGGACACUAGAAGCAUGGCUGCAUCGGUCAAGGCGCGUGUAGCGAUCGUGAAAGUUGCGAUCGAAUGUACACAGACCGAGCCAGAGCAUGUCCGAGCUCUCGUGCGGCGCACGAAGAACGCUGUCUCAUUCUCGAAGCAAUCCGAAUUUGUGCAGCAGCAGCAAAUCGUUCGCAUUGUCAUGCGAGACUAUAAUAUUCUCGCUUACAUGAACGCUGUAUUCGAUGAUCUGACCCGUCUGGCAAGGGUUGGCAAGGAGAACGUCGUGGCCGGUCGUGCUCGAACAGCGAAGCACGAGGUAGCACUGCAACUGCUCACAAUAUCCGUGGAUGACAUAAUACAGAUCCUCAUGAGAGACAUCUGGAACGAAACAAUGCAAGUGUCGAGUUUUGAGAGUCGCGGCUGCCCAUGUGGCAACAGACACCUCCUUUGUGAGCCAAGGGACCUCCACAAUGAUGAUCCGCUCUUCUGGUGUAUAUGGCAGAUCUGCACCCAUCAAGAGCAUGGCGGUUUUGACUUGAAAUUCCUGCUUGGCCACCUUUACCAGGUCAUCGAUGGAGGCUCUCGUAAGGAGAAAGCUCGUAUCAGUCCGAACAUGCAGAUUCUCCUAGAAGACCUUGCUGUAUUCGUGAACAUCUGGGACGGCAUACGUCUGCACUGCCCGCAUCCCAUACGCAUCAUGUAUGGGCACGGGCGUAACGAGAUCGGGAUGCAAUGGAAGGACGACAAAGAGUGGUAUAUCAACUGUACUGCCAAUGCGGAAGCCCUAGCCGGACCCGAGGACUUCCUCGAGCCGUUGAUGAUCUUAGCUGGGCUUCCUGCUCCGAAGAGCAAAGCGGAGGAUGCGCCGGGCGACCUGCUCAGAUACGCCACCGCACAAACAGCUCUUGAUGAGUUCUGGGCGUGGGUAUGUCAGGCGCAUCGAUACUUCUUCGAAGAUGUGUGCAUGUCGGAGGAGCGUAUCAGACUCUAUCUUCGUCCCAUACUGGCGAGGGAGAACAAGCGGCAUGUUGCGAGUAUGAGAACAGUGACCAAGAAGCUGCGCACAAUCGUGGUCGGCGAGACACCGGGCAGGUCGACUCAGGAUAAUGCUGAAAAGGAUGCGCGGACGGCCGGCAAACGUGAUAUCAAGAAUCUAUCCAUCGAGCUGGCAUCGUGCCGACGGGAGUCUCAAACGGUCUGGGGCUCGACGGACUCUCCGAGUACUCCAGUAGCAACACCAAAGGAGAAAGUCAAGACUAGACCAGCGGUAGCUGAUACCCCGUCACCUGCCGUCGCAGACGCACCGCCACAGCCCUCAGCACCGCCCAUCGCUGGGAACAAGGUCCUAGUGUCAUCAGAGAGCCUCACACUUUUCGACCGGAUGUUUGAUUCUCUCGCCGCCUCAAAGCACACCGCUUGCGUAGCCUGGGAAGACUUUCUCGCAGCCAUGACGGACGCUGGAUGCGGGAUCGAGCAGAAAGGUGGCUCGGCAGUGGCUUUUUGGGUGGCGGCUAAGAGAGAGGGGACGGUGAUUGUGCAUCGUCCUCAUCCGGAUCCGAAGAUCAACCCGAUUAUGCUUAGGGACUGCGGGAAGAAGUUGACGAAGUACUUUGGCUGGGACGAGGAUAGCUUUGUGUUGCGUUCGAAGGAGGAUGAGAAGGAGAAGAGUGAACGGGAAGCUUGGAUCCUGGGUUGUGGACGCGGGUAG